GCGUUUUAGCAAAGCACCGGUCUGGGCUAGUAGAGAUUGUAUGGGAAGUCAACGGGCUGAGCGUUACAGAUAUCAGCCUUCAAGAUCGCAGUCAUGAAGGGGCAACAAAAUGUUUGCCUCCUGGUCCUCAUCCUCAUCAACGCCCUUGUCUUCGUGGGACUCCUCGUUCUUAACUACCUCGCCGCAGACCCCCAAAACAGUGGAGGUUUGUUUAUUCACGGCAUCUCAAACGUCUCCGCCAUCUACAAUCUGGAGAUCACUCCGGCAGGUGCAACGUUCGCAAUCUGGGGAGUGAUCUACCUCUGGCAGUUCGUAUGGAUCAUCUACAGCCUCGUUUCCAUUUGCCGGAGUUCCCCGUAUGGACCGGUAUACGCGAAUCCUACUCUACUUCCGGCCGGUUACUUCAUCACCUACCUCCUCAACAUGAUUUCAAAUGGAGUCUGGCUGUUCCUGUGGGAUAGGGAAUAUAUAACCGCAUCAGUGUUCCUCCUCUUGGGAACAUCGGUCACUCUUUACAUUUGCAUCGGAAUCUCGUACUGGUUCCUGUACAUUAAUCUCACGAAUCUGAUGGAACAAGGAAGAAUGUACGAGGUCUAUCUGGUGAGAUACAUGGUUCAGAAUGGCCUUGGAAUAUAUGCCGCCUGGGUUACCAUAGCAACGCUUCUCAACUUGGGAGCAGUGCUUCAGUACAAGCUGGACAACCCCCUUGACUCGUCCACAACCGCCCUUAUUGCUCUCAGCCUCCUCUCCGUGGAAGUCGUCGUCUUCGUCUCGCUUGACCUUUCAGUCUUGGAUAAAUAUUCUCGCUACGUCUUUACGCCUUACCUCGUCGUUGUCGUCGCUCUUAUCGGCGUCAUUGGCAAGAACUGGGACCCCCUGGAAUCGAGCUCCAUCUUCUGUGCGGUGCUGCUUGGGGUAGCGGCAGUGUGCCUCAUUCUGAAAUUUGCAGCUUUGCUAGGCCGUUCACGGCAGUAUCAACCCACCCAGCGCAUUCAACCCACCCUCGAUGAAAGAACACCUAUCCUUGGACGAAUAUAAUUGUUCCCUUUUGCAAACGUUAUUUACAUAAGAAACUCUUAGACUAUCAAGCUGAUGUUUGAAAGAGUCUUAUAAUUUGGACUAUCCACAUUUCACAAUACCUCUUCUUUGUAAGCUUUUAUGUUUAUUUUCUUUCUACUUUUAGGGGAACGUUUUUUGUGUUUGUACUUUCAUAAUGUCUUUAGCUUUAGAAUCUCGUAGUAUUUUAUUUUUUUCAUGUUUGAUAUUAAUGUUCACUGCAUAUUCGAGUGAAGAAUUUUACUAUUCAGUCAUUCCAUGCCAGGAUCCGCAUCCCGUCGGUUCUGUUUAUAAUCAUUGGUCGGACAGCUACACGACAGAGAGAUGAACGUUCACGAAAUACUACAGUAUCGGGUGGUUUACAAGAUGAAGACUGCCACGCUGUUACAUACCUGAAACACGGCAGAAUCCACUUUCUAAAUCUUUCCAAAUCUGGAGCAGUGGGGUAGCACAGUGGUUAAAGCGUUCGUACGUCACGCCGAAGAUCCGGGUUCGAUUCCCCACAUGGUUACAAUGUGUGAAGCCCAUUUCUGAUGUCCACCGCCGUGAUUUUGCUGGGAUAUUGGUAAAAGCGGCGUAAAACCAUACUCGCUCACUCACUCAUUCCACAUCUAUCCAUAAUAAUGCUCUAACGAUACACUGUCUUGUUUCAUGUAAAUCUGGUAGAUAUAAGUAAAUUAUGGGAUAAGGUUAAGAAUGUUUAAUUCUUACGAUACAUGACAUUUUAAACUCACUUUACAUUCAUGUUAAAGUUUUGAAAUACAGAAACCGAAAUCAGCUAUCUUAUGAGCAUCAAUGUGUAACUGUUACAGGGUACAUGCUAUUUGACUACAGGGACAAUGAGGUAGUCUAGCGGUUAAAGCGUUCGCUCGUCACGCCGAAGACACGGGUUCGAUUCCCCACCUAGGUACAAUAUGUGGAUCACUUUCCUCUUGUUACUCACUAUUUGACUAUCGUUCGACCGCGUCCUCUGCUUCUUUACAAUAAGGGGCGAUGGGGUAGCCUAAUGGUUAAAGCGUUGGCUCGUCACGCCGAAGACCCGGGUUCGAAUCCCCACAUGGGUACAAUGUGUGAAGCCCAUUUCUGGUGUCCCCCGCCGUGAUGUUGCUGGAAUAUUGCUAAAAGCGGCGUAAAACCAAACUCUCAGUCAGUUCUUUACAAUAAUGGCCGUAUUGGUGGUUGAAUGGAUAGAGCGUUUGCCCGGAGAGUCGUGGGUUCGAUGCCCUGGCUGUAUCUUAUCUGUAUACGCUAGUGAUUAUACAACAACGACGGAUCGUCUCGGAGUCAAUGCAUGUGUUCUGAGUUAGGUAGUGAUGGUAAAUAACGGCAUGCUGUUUCGUGAGAUUGCUCCAUAAAACCGACUUCAGUCCGGACAAGAGAAGAUAGCCACGCUAGAUAAGUCCAGUAAUCUUGAACGCGACAGUAUUUCUCUCUUCAUCCUCUCAAAUCACGUGACCCGGUACUUGAUGAUGCCCUAAAGAUCAGUGUCACACAGAUAUUCACAUAUGGUAAUCUCGAAGCUAUGAAUACACUUUGCCGUUUAGAAAGUGGUCAGGUGUAACACAUGACUGUGAUAAUUUUGAAAUCCCAAACAUAACGUGUUACGUAAUCUCGAAGGUUAGCGAUAUAUGCUGAACGAAAGAAGUUAGGGAUUAUGAACUAUUUAUUGGGAUAUGGUUCUAUGUACUCAGUCUUUCACUGCCAAAACAACUAGUAUCUAUGAUCCCAAUCGUGUUUUGUUCAUUACAUGAAAUUAAAGCUGAUUAACAUUUUCCAGCUGUAUAUGACAUGUUCUAAUUGCUUACAUUUACGGCUGUACACAGUGUCAUUUUGAACUGUAUUGUAGUUUGAUCAAUAAAGUAAAAUCUCAAACAUUA